AUGAGGAUCCAGUUUGUCUGUUUGCUACUGGUGCUUCUCUCUGCCACUGUGCUCUCUCAGGAUGCAAAAACCAAACGCCAAUACAAGAAGUUCAGAAACCAGCAUAUCAAUGAACAAAUGAGUGUCGAUGGUUGUGAUGAUGUGAUGCGAGCACGAAAGAUUGCCAUCAACAACAAGAAGUGUAAGAAGACCAAUACCUUCAUCCUAUCCAACGUCAAACGCGUGAGAUCCAUCUGUGUGAACAAUGGAGAGCCAUAUGACCAAGAUAAAAACAUGACCAAAAGCCACGAACACUUUAACAUUGUUGUCUGUCGUCUGGAACCAACCAAGCAUGCCAAAUGUCAUUACAAUGGUAAAAAACUGAACAAGAAAAUUAUAAUCAAAUGUGUCGGAGGCUUUCCUGUGCACUAUGAUGGAGACAUUGGUCACUGUGAUUGA